AUGACAGAGGUGAUGAACACACGGGAACCGGUGAUGGAAGAAUUCACGCUCAGCCAGACUCCUGAGGAAGAAGGAGGACCUUCAAGCCAGGCCUUCCCAGACUCACGUGAGAAGUAUCCCAAGCUGUCCAAGAGACUGCCUUCGAUCGUGGUGGAGCCGACUGAGUCUGGGGAGGUGGAGAGCGGGGAGCUGCGCUGGCCUCCUGAUGACCUGAAAUCAGCAGAGGACAAGGGUCUUCAUGGUGACCAAAGAGUCUGUGUCCAGCAGCACCAGCAACAGCAGCAGCAGCAGCAGCAAAUGGAUCUGGAAGAUACUUUAGCACACCUGGCUCAAGAAGUGGAAGACAGUACAGAUACCCUGGAAAGCAGAACUGAAGAGGAUGAGUAG